UGGUCUUUCUUCGAUCUAUGCAGAAAGAGAGCUCGAUUUGGUGGCCUUCAUAGUUUUGAAGGGGGUGAGAUAGAAAGAAAGAGCGCGAAGACCUUUUGGUGGGUGUUGGGAGAUGGACGAUCAUCUAGUGCUUCAUGUGGAUCGUCUGAUAGCUCCACGGACGGUGGAGACGGUGGUGCAUGGAGGGGAUCGACCAGCUUCUUCUUUUGUGAAGGAGGAAAAUGCAGUUUCUGAAGAAGAUGCCCCGCUGAUUCCGAUGGUAGAAUGCCGCAUUUGCCAGGAGGAGGAUCAUAACAAGAAUCUGGAGACCCCCUGUUCUUGCAGCGGCAGUCUCAAGUUUGCUCAUAGAGAAUGCGUGCAACGAUGGUGCAAUGAGAAGGGGGAUAUAAUUUGUGAAAUUUGCCAGGAGCCUUAUAAGCCCGGGUACACUGCACCGCCUCGUCCUCCUGAUGAGGCCAUUAUUGAUAUAAGUGAUGGAUGGACAAUCACUGGUGCUUCUAUAGACCUGCGUGAUCCUCGCAUUCUUGCAAUGGCGGCAGCUCAACGCCACUUCCUUGAAGCCGAGUACGAUGCUGCUGCUGCUACUAAUGCUAGUGGCACCGCAUUCUGUCGAUCUGCUGCUCUAAUUUUGAUGGCCCUACUGCUACUGAGGCAUGCAUUAAGUAUGACUGAUGACGGAGAUGAUGAUGCUGCUACCUAUUUUUCCAUCUUUUUGAUGCGUGCUGCUGGAUUUCUGUUGCCAUGUUACAUCAUGGCUUGGGCAGUUAACAUCCUGAAUCGAAGAAGGCAAAGACAGGAAGCAGCAGCCAUGGCCGCAGCUGAAGUUGCCUUCAUUCUUCAGUCUAGUCAAGGAAGGAGCCUGCAGUUUACCAUUGCUCCCGAAUCACCUGCUACUCCUCAGCAAGAGCCUCAUCACUAAACGUUUCAGACCAGCUCUGUACAGAGCUACUUCGGUGUUACUAUUUCCCUUAUUUGCACUUUUGAGGUGAAAAUUAGAGGUUUUUAAAUACAUGUGCUCGAUAAAUUCAUUCUUAAAUUCUGAAUUUUAGUAUGUACAUAAUUGAAAUGUUCAUGAGAUUUUCUGAGAUGAGAUGGAUUU